UUUCACCGCUACGCUCCUCCUUCAGGAUUUGUAGCCCUUUAACGUUACACCAUCACUGCUGCCGGGCCAAACUGCGGAUGCACAGAAAAUGCGAGAGUCAAAAGAGACAUCUGCACGAGUCGGCGACGAGGCAUGCCGCUGUGGUGAUUUCCGGAACAGAGUUAGCUCGUCAGCUGCACAGAGAAAUCCAGCGUGAUGUGGAAGAGCUGGUAGCUCAGGGCAACAUGAGACCACACCUAGGUGUGGUCUUAGUGGGUGACGACCCAGCCAGUCACACCUACGUUAAGAACAAGACCCGCGCAGCCAGCAUCCUGGGUAUUUCCAGUGAUACAGUGGUGCGGCCCAGCACAGUGUCUCAGGAGGAGCUGCUGGAGCUGAUUGACAAGAUGAACCGUGACUGGAGGGUCAGUGGCUUAUUGGUGCAGCUCCCACUUCCAGAGCACAUAAAUGAGAGAGCAGUAUGCAACGCCAUCGCUCCAGAGAAGGAUGUGGAUGGCUUCCAUAUUGUGAACAUCGGUAAGCUGUGCCUGGACCAGAGAUCCAUGGUGCCAGCCACUCCUGCAGCUGUCUGGGAGAUCAUCAAAAGAGCAGGUAUUGAGACUGUGGGGAAGAAUGUCCUUGUUGCUGGUCGCUCCAAAAAUGUUGGAAUGCCCAUUGCAAUGUUGCUGCAUACUGAUCGCCAUCAUGAGCGUCCUGGAGGUGAUGCCACAGUGACCAUUACCCACAGAUGUACUCCAAAGGAAAGGCUCAAAGAGCUAACCCGCCUGGCUGACAUCAUUAUUGCAGCAGCAGGUGUUCCUGAGCUGAUCACAGCAGAUAUGGUGAAAGAAGGUGCAGCAGUCAUUGAUGUGGGUAUAAAUCGCAUCAAGGAUCCAAACACAGGAAAACUUCGGCUCAUUGGUGAUGUGGACUUUGAGGGAGUGAAGGAGAGAGCAGGUUUCAUCACACCUGUCCCCGGAGGGGUGGGUCCAAUGACGGUCGCCAUGCUGAUGAAGAACACUGUGACUGCUGCCAGAAACGCACUGAUGCAUUAAACACACACACACACACAUCUACACCUAGACACACACACGUGCACAAACAGUAUAAAGAUAUUUAUUUUAACAAGGGCAGACAUCAUGCAGACAUGCAGAUAUAGAUGCAUACAUUUAUAUAGGCACCCGCACAGGCAGACCUCCUGCCAAACAUCUAACACAGUUUUAUUUGAACAUCUGUGAACUCAA